AUGUCUUCUAACAAGCGUCGUAAACUCGACACCCAGACUGCCUCUUCAUCAGCAUUAAGUGCAUUAAGUGCACUUGCAGCUCGCCGGCGCUUGGUCGCCAACGUUCCAGCCAAAGAGCCCAGUUCAUCUCCGGAGCCUGAAGAAUCAGCUUCAGCCAGAACCAACUCCUUCAGUGUUCUACAAACGUUGAAGCGUCAAAAUGAACCUCCCAAGUCUCCCAAGAAGAAUGGGUCAAGAGGGCCACUCAGUCGUGGCGACUCCAGAGCUUCUAUCUCGCAAGGUGCAAAGGGCACUAUUGCGUUAAAGCUCAGAGACAGCGAGCGAUUCAUUGUCAUUGGCAGCUUUGGGAUCAAAGUCAUUGCUGGCGAGGCGACUGUGUUUGGAGCCACUCUCCAGCCAUCAGGUCCUAUACACUGGAUUCACGCCCCCCACUGUCAUGCAAUUCCAGUUAUCAGAACAUCCGAGAGGGUCAGCUUGGAGCUUUACCAUGACCCAAAUUCCGACGGGUUGCGACGGUUAAGCCGUUUGUCCCCCCUUUUCAGAGGCAUAUGGGGAGAGUCAAAGGAUGACUCUACGGAUAACAGCCUUGGAAAGGGACGAACGUUCCAGAUUGUAUGCAGUUCUGAUGAUGCUCCUAAGAAGUGCGUCAUACAAGAACUCUCAUCUCCUCCAGCAUGGAACAAGAAGCUGGCCGAUCUCGUUUCCGUAGCCAAGGGUGGCCCUUUCACAACGCUUGUAUGCGGCCCCAAGUCUGCGGGAAAGUCAACCUUUUCCAAGAUGCUCGUAAACCGCUUCUUGACGAGUGAGGCAACACGAACGGGGACUCAUGGCAUCGCUGUUCUCGACUUGGAUCCUGGCCAGCCCGAGUAUGCACCUUGCGGGACGAUCUCGCUCGUUCACAUCACCCGGCCCAACCUAAGCGCAGCCUUUACGCAUCCAAAUAUAGACGACGAAUCCUACAGAGUCAUCAGAUGUCAUGCGUUGGCGUCCAUGACACCAGCAGCCGCCCCAGAGCACUACUUGGAAUGCGUGCUAGAUCUUCUUGACUACUAUCGAAGACUGGUGCGCAAUUGUCAUCUUCUCAUCAACACUCCAGGUUGGGUUCUGGGCACUGGACAGGAUCUACUAGUGGAAAUCAUCUCUCGAGUGAACCCUCCAGAAGUGAUUUACAUGUCUGAAGACGGCCCUGCAGAUGUCGUUGACGUUUUACGCGGCGCAACCAAGAGAACCUUUACUACCCUUCCCUCGCAGCCAUCCGAGUUUGCGUCCCGUACCGCCGCUCACUUGAGGGCCAUGCAAGCCAUGUCAUAUUUCCACUUGCAAGACCACAAACAGCUGAGCCCAGGACUGAGGCCGAGCUGGAACCCAUCUCCACUGUCGUCCGUCCCUCCGUUGCAGGUUCGGUACUCUGGCAAUCAGCGGGGAAUUCUCGGUAUUCUACUCUAUGACUACCAGUCUCCAUCGGAGCUGCUCUCACAAGCAAUCAAUGGAAUGAUCCUUGCGGCGGUAGAUGUGGAGGAUCCCAAAGCAUUUCGCAAUCUAGCUUCCACUGCCCAGUUGUCAGAGGAUCGUGGCGAUGAGGACGGGUAUUCCUCAUUAGAAGACUUCAUUUCGAGGACUCCGGAAGGACUGCCGUAUAUUCCAAAUGCCAGCGACAUCACUCUUGACCCUCGCUUCUCUCGCACCAUCGGCCUCGUUCUCAUCCGCGGUAUCGACACCACUACCCAAACACUUGAGAUUCUUACUCCCAUCCCGCUACAAACAAUAGAGCAAAUACGGUCUCAGGGUCGACAGAUUGUGCUCGUUCAUGGGAAAUUCGAUGCGCCGACAUGGGCAUACACGGAAGACUUGUACGAGCGGUCCCAGCAGGACGAUGUCAACGCAGACAAGCCCCUCGAAAUAGCGAAUGAAGACCUAAACGAGGACGAGGAUGAGGAUGAAGCCGAAGAGGUGGAUGAAGAGGAAGUCUCAGCAGAAUCCGAGGCCCCUUCGGACCCAAGUGCCGGCUCUUCCACCGCCCUUCCGUGGGUCGAGGUGCUUCGCGGCAGCCAAAAGCGGCCAGUCGGCUCGCGUGUGUGGAGAGUGCGGAGAGACCUGGGCCGCAACAUCGGCGGUGACUGA